AUGGCGCCGUUUGGCCUUUACACGUUGCUUCUUAUAUUAGCAAUUUCUAUUCCGCUCAUCCUGACAUAUUCGUGGGUCAAGCAGCUUGUAAGGAUUGCUUCUAACGGCACCAUGAUCGCACUGGCAGGCUUUAUCCGAGGUUAUGUUGGUCACACAGAGCCAGGGUUCAAUGAUGCUGAGAACACGUACCUGCUCCCCUCCAACGGUCGUCCUGAUGGCAAGGUGAUCCACUCCGACGACCGCAUCUGCAAAGCAACACAGCAGGUCAGCAAUUACAGUGAAAACUACCCAAUGCUGCACGUUGCGCCCGGUGACCUUGUUGCCUUGCGGUACCAGGAAAAUAGCCAUGUAACCCUUACCAAAAGCAACACAAACGUCAAGCCAGACAAGAGUGGCAUCAUGUAUGGACAUCAACCUAGACGAGUUCAGCCUGUCGGCGGACCAGAACGUGAACUUUAUCCACAAACAAGACGCGAAUAG